CAUUGGUAGAGCAAGUUUAGACGUUUGGCAGACGAGUCGGAAAGAUGAAGUGUUCAACAAACGUUCAGCUCUUCCAAGCCUUGUCGUUAUUUCUUCUUCUAAUUCUUCACAGUUUUUCUCACGCGGCGCCCAUAGAUGGAUUUUCAGCCGAGGAAGAUGAAGAAGCAUAUAAGAGAUCGAUGCUGAUACAGAGGUUAAUGUCGGUGAAAAAACGCUUAGAUUUAGAGACGGAUGUGUGGCCAGAUUACAAAGAUUUAAUGGCGGGUCCACCAUAUUUCAAACAAAAGAGAAACGGCCCGCCCAUACAGGGAAGAUCAGGUGGGAUGUCCCUCUGCCUGUGGAAGGUAUGUCCAGCAGCUCCUUGGCUAGUGUCCAAAAAACGGAUGACGUCAGAAUUUCGAAACCAAAAGUGAAAAACUUAUCGUGAAUGUUAAUACAUUAUCCGACAUGACAAUCAUUGAAUCAGAUUUGGAAUAUCGCUCUAUGUGUGUGUGAAAUAUAAUAUGUAGACAUUGACUACCGCAGAAGAAAUAAAAUAUCUUUUCGUGAAAAGUUGCUUCUUUAACUUGAUUUGUGCGUCAGUUACGUAUACAUAUUACAUAGACUCGUUUUGAAAGGAAAAAUAAAUAAUUAUAGGGGAGCGGAGUGGCGCCCCCUUUUUUCUAUACACAAACGUAUUGUUGCCAUGUUAUGUACGUAAGA